AGGUCCAUGUGUUGUGUACUCUUCUGUUUGCGUAGUGCUAGAGGAGUGGGUGGGAAAGAGAAGCAAGAUGACACAUUCGGCUUGCUAUUCGCUACAAUUACGAGCAUCAGUAUCAGUAAAGCUUUCUCUCUCGGCGCUAAAGUCAAUUGAAUCAACUCAGUAAUGGGUAUCAAGGGUUUAACAAAGCUGUUGGCGGACAAUGUACCAAAAGCCAUGAAAGAGCAGAAAUUCGAGAGCUACUUCGGCCGCAAGAUUGCUAUCGAUGCCGGCAUGAGCAUUUACAGUUCCUUAUUGUAGUCGGAAGAAGUGGAACUGAAAUGCUGACUAAUGAGGCUGGUGAAAUCACCAGUCAUUGGCAAGGGAUGUUUAAUCGCGCUAUUAGGUUUCUCGAGGCUGGAAUUAAGCCCCUCUAUGUUUUUGAUGGAAAGCCUCUAGAUUUGAAAAAACAAGAGCUUGCUAAGCGAUACUCAAAGCGUGCUGAUGCUACUGAGGAAUUGGCUGCAGCUGUCGAGCAACUUGUGGUCAUCAAUAGGCUGAUGCUUGGGAAAUGCUAUUUUGUCUAUAAGCCCCUUCUGAAGCAGAAGCACAGUGUGCUGCACUUUGCAAAUCAGGAAAGGUCCAUGCAGUGGCUUCUGAAGAUAUGGAUUCUCUAACUUUUGAAGCCCCCAGAUAAAAGGUUUUAAUGUUGACAAACAAGUUGUGUGGCACUCUAAUAUACCCAACAAAAAAAGAAAAAAGAAAAAGAAAAACCUAAAU